GAAGGAUGUCAAUGGCUGCGGAAUACAAACACGGCUCCGCCAAAUAUAUUUAUUCUCUUGUGCUUUUGUGUAUUUAAUUUUGUAUAGCUAAAAUUCCGAUAUGUCGGAAUCGCCAGAUACGCGCAGUUUGGUUUCUGCGUCUUCCCAGCUGAAUUUAAUGGACAUAGAUGCGAUUGAUGACAAAGAGUUUGACAUCCCUCAAGUGGACACUCCUCCCACCUUGGAGAGCAUUCUGAAUGAGCCUGAGGAUGAGGAGGAGCCUUUUGUCCUGGAGGAUACGUACCUGCUCAACACGGAGAACAUGGAUGCCCACUCCUGCGAGACGUCCUCCUUGGCCAGCUCUGACAGCGGUGACCGCACACACCUGAAGAGGAGGAGGAGGCCAGUGGAGAGCACUGCCACGGUACAUGGCUCUGUGCUCCGACACAGUACCCUGAAAGGCAUCUCCGCCCAGAUUGUCUCUGCUGCUGACAAAGUUGAUGCUGGGUUGCCCACAGCAAUAACAGUGUCCAGUGUCAUUGCAGUUGGGACAUCACAUGGGCUGGCCCUGCUCUUUGACGCGAGCCAGGCGCUGCGGCUGUGUCUGGGCAGCACAGCGGUGGGGGCGCAGUAUGGCGCCGUGUCUGCGCUCAGCAUCAAUCACGACUGCUCUCGCCUGCUCUGCGGCUUCGCAAAAGGACAGAUCACCAUGUGGGAUCUGGCCAAUGGGAAGCUUUUGCGGACCAUCACAGAGGCCCACCCCCCUGGUACUGCUAUCCUGCACGUCAAGUUCACUGAUGACCCAACACUUGCUGUCUGUAAUGACAGUGGCGGGUCAGUGUUUGAGCUGUCCUUCAGGAGAGUUAUGGGAGUGCGCUCGUGCGAUUCCCGCUGUCUCUUCAGCGGUUCGAAGGGGGAGGUCUGCUGCAUUGAGCCCCUGCACUCCAGCACAGAGCUCAAAGACCACCCCAUUACCCAGUACUCCCUGUUGGCCAUGGCGUCCCUGACCAAGAUUUUAGUGAUCGGAUUAAAACCGUCUCUCAAAGUGUGGAUGACAUUUCCUUACGGUAAGACGGAUCCAGCCAGUGUUCCACAGCUUGCCUGGCAGUUUGUGGCUGUGCAGAAAGCAGUGAAUCCCAUGCUGGCCUUCUGCAGAGGCGACACUGUUCACUUCCUCUUGGUAAAGAAGGAGGAGUCAGGUGCUAUCCAUGUCAUCAAACAGAGACAACUGCACCUCAACUGUGACAUCAUCAGCCUGACAUGGAUAAACUCGCGGACCCUGGUCCUGAUGGACAGUGGGGAGAAGCUUCACGUUGUGGACCGGGCCAGUCAGGAAGAGCUAGAGAGCCUGGAUAUGGCCGAGGUCCAGCUGGUCUACAACAGCAGUCACUUCAAGUCUUUGGCCACCGGGGGCAACGUCAGCCAGGCCUUGGCAUUAGUGGGGGAGAAGGCAUGCUACCAGUCCGGCUGCAGCUAUGGAGGUCAGAUCGUCUAUUUGGGAACCAAGUCUGUCCACAUAAUGACACUAAGGAACUGGCGAGAGAGGGUGGAUUACCUGUUGAAGCAGGAGAGAUUUGUGGAGGCGCUGUCUCUAGCUUGGUCUUUUCAUGAAGGCACUGCAAAGGCUGUGGUCGGGCUGUUUGGAGACCCUGCUAAGCGGAAAGGAGUGGUAUCCGACAAGAUGGUGGAGAUUCUGUUUCAGUAUGCAGACCGCUCUCUGAAGAAGUGUCCGGAACAGGGGAAGAUCCAAGUGAUGGAGCAGCACUUCCAGGACAUGGUUCCUGUCAUGGUGGAUUACUGUUUGCUGCUGCAGAGGACGGACUUGCUCUUCAAUCAGAUUUAUGGGCGUCUGGUGGAGAACUCGGUCGCCCGGGGGGUGUUUCUGGAGAGCCUGGAGCCCUACAUCCUGAGUGAGCGUCUGGGCUGUUUGACGGCGCCCGUCAUGCGGGACCUGCUCAGUCACUUCCAGGACAACGGCAUGAUGGACAGCGUGGAGAACUGCCUGGUUCACAUGGACGUCACCAGCCUGGACAUACAGCAGGUGGUGCAGAUGUGUUGGGAGAACCAGCUUUACGACGCCAUGAUCUACGUCUUCAACAGCGGGAUGAAUGACUACAUCAGCCCUAUGGAGAGAUUGUUCCAGGUGAUUGGGUCACCAUUGCGUGAGGGGAAGUCUCUGACAGAUGAACAGGUGAUUAUGGGUAAUAAGCUGCUUGUGUAUAUCAGCUGUUCUUUGGCAGGACGAGCCUACCCUCUGGGGGAUAUCCCAGAAGACCUUGUUCCUCUGGUGAAGAACCAGGUGUUUGAGUUCCUGAUCCGUCUUCACUCUGCGGAGGCUUCCCAAGAAGAGGAGGUGUACCCCUACGUCCGCACACUGCUGCACUUUGACACCCGCGAGUUCCUCAACGUCCUGGCCCUGACCUUUGAGGACUUUCAGAAUGACAAGCAGGCCUUGGAGUACCAGCAGCGGAUUGUGGAUAUUUUAUUAACGGUGAUGGUGGAGAACUCAGACUUCACCCCCUCCCAGGUCGGCUGUCUCUUCACGUUUCUGGCACGGCAGCUAGCCAAGCCCGACAACACCCUCUUUGUGAACAGGAAGCUAUUCGACCAGGUCCUGGAGUUUCUCUGUAGUCCAGAUGAUGACUCCAGACACACAGAGAGACAACAGGUGCUGCUGGAACUUCUCCAGGUGGGGGGCAUUGUCCAGUUUGAUGAGAGCCGACUCCUCUAUCUGGCUGAGAAGGCCGAAUUCUACCAGAUCUGUGAGUUCAUGUACGAGAAGAAACACCUGUAUGACAAAAUCAUCUCCUGCUACCUGAAAGAUCCGCUCAGAAAGGAGGAGGUAUUCAACUAUGUCCACAACAUCCUGUCUAUCCCGGGAUACGCGCCAGAGGAGAAGCAGUCCGUCUGGCAGGAAGCCCUGGAACACAUGCAGGAGCUGGUGGCCAUCGACCCCGCCAAAGCAGCAGACCUGGUGUCCAUGCACUUCUCUGAGGCGGUGCAGCCUAUAAUUGACAAGCUGGAGGAUGAUUCCUUGGUGUUCCAGUUUCUAAAGUGUCUUCUAGCCCCAAGAGAAGGCCCUCAUCCCCAGGGUGUCCUGAGACUCAGCCCUGACCUCCACGAGCUCCACGUGGGACUGCUGUGCCGUUUCAGCCCCUGCCAGGUCAUUGGUUUCCUGCGCUUCUCUCAGGACUACAGGCUUGAAGAGACCAUAAAGAUCACAGAACAGUACAGCCUCCAUGAGGCCACGGCCUACCUGCUGGAGAAGAAGGGAGAUGUCCAUGGAGCUUUCCAAGUUCUGCUGCAGACGCUGAAGGACAAACUCAUCGUCCUCACCCAAGAGAGCCAAACUAACACAGAGGAGGAGGAGCAGCUUCCGCUGCAGAGGUUGGAGGUGGCUCUGAGUGACAUCAUCUCUCUGUGUCACAGGAGCUCUCCGAGCCUGAAUCAGCAGCAGAGAGAGGCACUGUGGUUUCCCCUUCUUGAGGCCAUGAUGUCCCCACAGAAACUCCUGAAGGGGCCCGCCUGGCGCCACACCUCAGAAGCUCUGAAGGAACUGACCAUGCGGGUCCUCAACAGCAUGACGAGCUUCAUCGCCCUGCCCGCCAUCAUCCAGCGCAUUCUGCAGGUAGCAGAGUCCUGCUGGCCACAGCAAAACGAGACCAUGCCUUCGGACCCAGUGUAUGGGAAAGGCAAGCUGGCUGAGAUCCAGGGACUGAUCCUUGGCAUGCUGGACACCUUUAAUUAUGAACAGACACUACUGGAGACCACCACCAACCUGCUGAACCACGACCUGCACUGGUCCCUGUCUCACCUGCGUGCGGCCGUGAGCCGCGGACUCCACCCGCGGCAGGACCACUGCAGCAUCUGCCUGCAGCAGUACAAGCGUCGGCAGGAGGCCCAGGACGAGAUCAUUAUCUUCAGCUGUGGUCAUCUCUACCACUGCCAGUGCCUGCAGAAUAAGGAGUGUGGGGUAGCGGGGGAGAGGCUACACAGGUGGAGCUGCUACAAGUGCACGUCCAGCCAGGGCGGGCGAGGUGGAGAGAGGAACGCCUCAAGCGGGGGGCGGAGCCGCAGCACGUCUCUCGCUCAGACUAAAGUCACUUCAGCUCGUCGAGGUUCCUGGGGAGACCCUACUGGGAAAAAGUUGUUUAUGGAUACCACACUGGAUGCCCAGCAGAGCCAGUCGUGGGAGCAGCUGAGAUGUAUCUACAGAGGUCCCUCCAGGUUGGCGAUCCUCACCGAACUCUCCCAUUCCCGCGGCAACGAGAAGCCCAGCCUCCUGAACCCUUCACAGCCCGGCUCCGGGAGCAUUUUCCACAGCGAAAACUUCCAGCUCAAACUCUCCCCGCCUCCGCUCAUCGAGGAGUAGAGACCCUGCCCAGCGUCGUUGCAUUGCUAAUAAAACCACCCGUCUUUACAGAUGUUGCACAGCCUUGUUUUCUCUUUGAAUGUGGAGUUAAUACUGGAAUGACCCCCGCCCCCAACACCACAAAACUAAAUAAAUGAAAAUUGUUCAUUAGUCACUUUCAGACCAAAUGGAUUGAUGUACACAUUAUGUGAUGCACACGUUAUGUGUCCUCCAUUGACACACUAUGGACUAUAUUACAUUACAGUUAUUUAGCUGACACUUCCAAAUCAAAUUACAAUUAAUAAAACCAAACAGGGGGCAAUCCCUCUUGAUUACUGUGGGGCUAAGGGCCUUGCUCAGGGGCCCAACAGCUGAUCUUAUCGUGGCUACACUGGAACACAUGAACCACCAACCUCCCAGGUCCCUGUCAAGCACUUUAGCCACUAGGCUAAAGCCUGCCCCCUAUCAUACUUGUGUUGAGCUGUAAUGUGGUGGCUUCAGAAAGUAUUCAGAUCCCUUUACUGCGAACUUUGUGUUGUAGAUUUAACUUUGCCCAUCAAUCUACAUUCAGUAACCCCUAAGUGAAAACCAGAGGUGGGCAGAGUAUCCAAAGACUAUACUCAAGUAAUAGUACUGUUACUUUAAAAUGAUAAUUACUCAAGUAAGAGUAAAAGUAGUCAUCCAUAUCUACUUCAAUAAGAGUAAGAAAAUAUCUACUGAAAGUACUCUAUACCGAGUUACCAAGGCUACAGGAUCUGAUUCAAAAGAACAAGCAGUGCAAUGGCUACAGAACUGCAGAAUCACAGCCUGAUGGCAUACAUACAGCAAUAUCAACAUAAUUAAAUUAAAAAAAGCAUUUCCAUUUAAAUAAUAAUACACAAAAAUUAAAACGGUUUCCAUUAAAAAUUCCAUUAAAAAACCAUUAUAAAUGAAAAUGUUUUUUUCAACAGAUGUAGCAUCUUUGAUUUAGGAUUCUGAUGUAUGCUUGGAGUCAUUUUCCUGCUGGAUAAUCUACCUACGACCAAGACAGAGACAGCCAGAUUUUCUGCCAGGAUUUCCUGGUACUUUGUUGAAUUAAUUGUGCCAUUGAUCAUAAAUAGUGUCCCUGGAUCACCCUGGCAGCAAAACAUCUCCAAAACAUCAAUGACCCACCGCCAUAUUUUACAGUAGGCAUGAAGUGCUGUCUUAUCUGACAAUAGCAUUCUCUUCCAGUCAUAAUUCCAAUGAGGUCUGGCAAACUCAAUAUGCUUGGUUUAGUUUUUUGUGCUCAGCUGUCGUUGUGCCACCCUUCCAAAGAGUUUGCUGGUAUGGAGGUGCCUUUUUAUGUUUUUGUCUAUAGAAUUGGUGACCCCAAGACACAACCAAUCUCUGGAAACUGCGAUCUGUAAUGGGUUUCUUAUGGUCUCUCUCUUCUAUAGCCUCCAUCUUGCUUGCCAUCUGUUUGCAAUCAUUCUAUUUGUUUUAAGCCUUUCUUUAACUGUUUAUGUAUGAUUUUGUAACCAUUACUUGACUUGUGAUGGUCAAAUGCCAUCUGUGUCCAUUUGUGAAUUGACAGUUCUUUGGCUUUUCCCAUGCUGAUGGUUGACAAAGGGAUUUUGCAUGCUUGUUACCUCAUUUUUAUACUCUAGUGAAACAGGAAGUACUGGAAUGACGCAAUAUAGUUCCUUUAGACUGAGAUGAACUAAAUUAAAGUAAAAUUGUAUUUUCAAUUUCACUGUUUGAUUUUAUUUAUAAUAAUUGUUACAAUAAUUCUGGCACCUGUGGUUUUCAGAAAAAAAUGAGAUUACUAAAUAAAAGACUUUGAAACUUG